AUUUACGGAAGACUUUUGAACAGGAACCCUUAGGAAAGGAAGUAUCUUUGGAACAAGAAGUCCUCCUCCAGUGUCGCCCACCUGAAGGAAUCCCAGUGGCUGAGGUUGAGUGGCUGAAAAAUGAAGAGGUGAUAGACCCUGUGGAAGACCGAAAUUUUUACAUCACAAUUGACCACAACUUGAUCAUAAAGCAGGCACGCCUCUCUGAUACAGCCAAUUAUACUUGUGUUGCCAAAAAUAUUGUGGCAAAAAGGAAGAGCACCACUGCUGCUGUCAUUGUCUAUGUCAAUGGAGGAUGGUCAACUUGGACAGAGUGGUCGGUAUGUAACAGCCGUUGUGGGAAAGGCUCUCAGAAGCGUACAAGAACAUGUACCAAUCCUGCACCACUCAAUGGGGGCACCUUCUGUGAAGGCCAGAGUUUGCAGAAAAUAGCUUGUACCACAUUAUGUCCAGUGGAUGGGAGGUGGACAGCAUGGAGUAAAUGGUCUACAUGUGGAACAGAAUGUACCCACUGGCGCAGGAGGGACUGCACAGCACCAGCACCAAAGAACGGCGGCAAAGACUGUGAGGGCCUUGUCUUGCAGUCCAAGAACUGCACAGAUGGGCUCUGUAUGCAGAGUUUCAUUUAUCCUAUUUCAACUGAACAGAGAACCCAGAAUGAAUAUGGAUUUUCUUCUGCUCCUGAUUCAGAUGAUGUAGCUCUCUACGUUGGCAUUGUGAUAGCUGUGAUUGUGUGCCUGGCUAUUUCGGUAACUGUUGCAUUAUUCAUCUACCGGAAGAACCACCGGGACUUUGAGUCAGAUAUUAUAGAUUCCUCAGCACUAAAUGGUGGAUUUCAGCCUGUAAAUAUAAAAGCUGCAAGACAAGAUCUCCUAGCUGUACCUCCUGACCUUACUUCUGCAGCAGCUAUGUAUAGGGGCCCUGUCUAUGCCUUGCAUGACGUCUCUGAUAAAAUCCCAAUGACCAACUCUCCAAUUCUGGAUCCACUGCCCAACUUGAAGAUCAAGGUUUACAAUAAUUCGGGUGCAGUCACACCCCAGGAUGAUCUGUCCGAUUUUUCAUCCAAACUCUCUCCACAGAUUACUCAAUCCCUACUGGAUAAUGAAACAUUAAACAUUAAAAACCAGAGUCUUGCACGACAAACAGAUCCAUCGUGCACUGCCUUUGGAACUUUCAAUUCUCUUGGAGGUCAUCUGAUUGUACCUAAUUCAGGAGUAAGUUUGCUGAUUCCUGCCGGGGCGAUUCCCCAAGGGAGAGUUUAUGAAAUGUAUGUGACAGUUCAACGAAAGGAGAACAUGAGGCCACCAGUAGAAGACUGUCAAACCCUUUUGACCCCUGUAGUGAGCUGUGGGCCUCCAGGAGCAUUGCUAACACGGCCUGUCAUUCUAACGAUGCACCACUGUGCAGAACCGAACACCGAAGAUUGGAAGAUUCAGUUGAAGAACCGAGCUGCCCAGGGACAGUGGGAGGAUAUAGUAGCAGUUGGAGAAGAAAACUUCACUACCCCAUGCUACAUCCAGUUGGAUCCAGAGGCAUGCCAUAUCCUGACAGAAACUCUCAGCACCUAUGCCUUGGUAGGGCAGUCAGUCACCAAAGCAGCUGCAAAGCGUCUGAAAUUGGCUAUAUUUGGGCCGCUGAUCUGCUCAUCCUUGGAAUAUAACAUCCGUGUCUACUGUCUGGAUGAUACCCAAGAUGCCCUUAAAGAAGUGCUACAGUUGGAGAGACAAAUGGGUGGACAGUUAUUGGAGGACCCAAAGGCAUUACAUUUUAAGGGUAGCACUCAUAACCUUCGCUUAUCUAUUCAUGAUAUUACUCAUUCCCUCUGGAAGAGUAAACUACUGGCAAAAUAUCAGGAAAUUCCCUUUUACCAUAUCUGGAGUGGAUGUCAAAGACAUUUGCAUUGUACCUUCACCCUGGAAAGGUUCAGCCUGAACACGCUGGAGUUGGUAUGCAAACUCUGCAUACGGCAGGUUGAAGGAGAAGGACAAAUAUUUCAGCUAAACUGUGUGGUAUCUGAGGAACCUACUGGCAUUGAAUAUCCACUUAUGGACCCAGCAAGUACCAUCACAACCAUAGUAGGACCCUGUGCAUUCAGCAUCCCUCUUCCAAUCCGCCAGAAGCUUUGCAGUAGCCUAGAUGCUCCUCAAACAAGAGGCCAUGACUGGAGGAUGUUGGCCCACAAACUAAAAUUGGACAGGUACCUCAAUUAUUUUGCUACAAAAUCAAGCCCCACCGGUGUGAUCUUAGACCUUUGGGAAGCCCAAAACUUUCCCGAUGGAAAUCUGAGCAUGCUGGCCACGGUCCUUGAAGAGAUGGGAAGACACGAGACAGUUGUUUCACUGGCAGCAGAAGGAAAGUACUGAACUGACCUUGGAAUGAGAAAGAAGGAAUGUUCACCAUGUCAGCUGUGACUAACACAAACCAAGCACCCCAAACCAAUGUAUUUCAUAGCAAGAGGCAUUCCAGAGGGACAAGACACAAAAUCCUGCCUUUUCACAUGCAUUCUUU